AUGUCGGCCCCCUCCGACUUCCCCGACCUCCCCUCCGAGCUGGGCAUGGACGCCGCCACCCUCGCUCGCCAGCAGCGCCGCGACGCCGUCCGUCGCCGUGUCCGCGCGUCUGUCCCGCCCAUCCCCGAGCUCCGCUUCGAGCAGGCGUACCUCCGUUCCGUCAUGCCCGCGCUGCACGCGCGUAAGGGCGACUUGCUCCUCGGUGCCCCCGGCGCGAUUGAGGCUGGUCGCGAGGUCGACGUCAACUGGCGCGCGGUUGCUUGGAUCACCCUCAAGGACCAGGUCAUCUCGCCACUCAUCCAGGGCGUGUUCUGGGGCCUCCUCUCCAUCGCAGGUGCCGGCGUCCUCACCUCCAUGCGCGCAGGACUCGGCAUGCCUACCCGCACAACAGCGGCUCCUGGCCAGAUGCGGGACGGCGGCGCGCAGAGCUGGCGCAAGUUUGCGCAGAGCCCCGUUGGUGCGGCCGAGGUCGCGACUGUCGGCACUGUCAUUUAG